AGAAAUAUGUUUGUUUGUCAUCAACUGUUUGUUUUGAUCAUCGAUUGUGUCUUUAAUAACAUAGCAUCCACAGAAAAAAAUUGAAAUAAAAAAAUCAAUAAUUAUUAAAUAAAAAUGACCGCUGUCACCGUAGAACCGAAAAAGGUGCUUCAACUGAUAAAUAGCAUGGGAUAUAAGAAUGUAUCGGCGGCUGAACUAAAGGAAUUUACUAAAGAUCUGAAAAAGUUGAUAAAGUAUGAGCAGAAACCGAAACAACCGAAACAAAACCGAAACUCAUCAGACAAUUUACAACCACAAGUAGUACAUGCACCAGAAAAUGUAAUCAAUGUCACCAUUAUAAAAGAAGCCAGUCCAAAGAAAAGUGUUCAAACUGAGCAUAAGACAAAAUUCAUCGGAAGAGAUACUAAUAAAGCACAAGAUGCGGUGAAUACAGGAAGAGACUGCAGAGAUCCAGAGAGAGAUGAAGCAGUAAAGUUAUCGAAACGACUGUCACGACUACCAAACCAUGUUAAAAACAAAAUUCGAAGAGUCAGCAUAGCCCAGAGUGAUCCAAUGGAGUCUGAGACAAGAGAACCAGUGAAAUUACCGUCGAAAAGAUUGUUACGCUUAUCUGGCCAUGUCAGAAGUAAAAAUCCAAAAAUUGUGUAUAAAAACGGCGGCGUGAGUGUAAAAGGCGUUCUCGUUCGAAAUACACCAACAGAUCUAUACCAGAAAUACCAAGACGAUUGGAUAAAAUUUAAGUCGUUCAUUCCAGGCGAAAAUGAUAGACAAAGUGUUCGCCGUAGUAUUCGAAAGAAAAUGCAGCAAAAAGACGAAGAUGAUGACAAGGUUUAUGUUCAUUUUCCUGAUGAAACCGGAGACCAUUGACUGCCAAAGCAUGAAUACCUCAAUAUAAAGCAUAAUAAACUGAAAAUGAUUAAAACUACCGAGAAACCGUGA